GCGGGCGUGGUUACGGGAAACAAUAUGGCGGCGCGCAGUGUAGUCACGCUGUAUUAGUAGCAAAUCCGUUAUAAUCCUUCGCUUAUUUGUCGUAUCGGUCGUGUUUGGAUGAUGAGUAGAGUGGAACAAUGAGGACCUUUUGUGGUCGUGCUAACCCCACCACGGGCGCUCUCGACUGGAUGGAGGAAGGAGAGGAGUAUGAUUAUCAUCAGGAGAUUGCCAGGUCCUGUUAUGCUGAUAUGCUGCAUGAUAGCGACAGGAAUAAAAAAUAUUACCAGGGCAUUCGAGCUGCGGUUUGCCGGGUGAAGGCUCGAGGCGAGAGAGUCAUCGUUCUGGAUAUCGGCACAGGAACAGGUCUUCUUUCCAUGAUGGCAGUUGCUGCAGGGGCGGACUACUGCUAUGCCGUAGAGGUGUUUAAGCCGAUGGCCGAGGCCGCAGCUUGCAUCGUAAAGAAAAACGGCUUCUCGGACAAGAUCAAAAUCAUCAAUAAGCACUCAACCGAGGUUACUGUUGGUCCAGAUGGAGACAUGCAGGAGAAAGCAAACGUAUUGGUAACAGAACUGUUUGAUACAGAGCUGAUCGGAGAAGGCGCUUUACCCAGCUAUGAGCACGCACACUUAAACCUGGUGCAGGUGGGCUGUGAAGCCGUACCUCACAGUGCCACAGUCUACGCUCGGGUGGUCGAGUCCGAGCAGCUGUGGAACUGGUCACAGAUUCAGCCCAUUCAGGUGGACGAGUGCACUCUGCUGCCCCCUGCUGCAUUGGCACAGUGUGCUGGAGUGCCAUCUGUCUGUGACAUACAGCUCAGCCAGGUGAAACCGAGUAGCUUCACCAAUCUCGGACCCCUGUGUACCAUGUUCAGUGUGGACUUCAGCAGGCCGGUCAGCAGCGCUCUUCAGUCACACUCGUGCAGGUUUGUGGUGGAGGCCAGCGGUCGAGCUCAGGUAGUGUUAUCUUGGUGGGAUCUGGACAUGGACCCGAGCGGCAGCAUCGUCUGCUCCAUGGCCCCCUGCUGGACGUACUCUGACGUGCGAGAGUAUCCUUGGAGGGAUCAUUGGAUGCAGAGUGUGUACUUUCUGCCUGCUGAGAAGAGUGUGUGUGAGGGAGAAGAGCUCAGUCUAACCGUCUCGCACGAUGACUACAGCUUGUGGUACAGCCUCACUGAUGGCGACCAAUCUGAUGUGGCCACACCUUGUUGUACCUGUCAAGCCCACCUGCUGUGGACGAGGCCGCGAUUCGGGGAGCUUAACGACCGGCGGAGAACGGAGCAGUACCUCAGCGCUCUCCGUAGUAUUUUGAGGCCAGACAGUGUGUGUGUAUCAGUCAGUGAUGGGAGUCUUCUCUCCGUGUUUGCACAUCUGCUUGGAGCUAAAAAGGUGUUCAGUUUGGAAAGCUCCGGAAUAUCAAAGCGAGUAAUCGAGCAGUUUUUGGAGGCAAACUCGCUGAAAAACAGCAUUCGGUUCCUGGAAAUUCGGCCGGAGCGACUGACAUCGGCUGAUGUAGAAGGAGAACAGAUCUCAGUGCUGGUUGGCGAGCCGUAUUUUAGUACCAGCCUGUUGCCCUGGCACUCCCUGUUCUUCUGGUACUGCCGUACAGCGCUGAGCUGCCUCCUCAGACCUGAUGCCACUGUCCUGCCUUCAUCCGCCACGCUCUACAUGAUCGCCGUGGAGUUCCAGGAUUUAUGGAGAAUCCGAGCCCCAUGUGGAACCUGUGAAGAAUUUGAUGUGAGCCCAAUGGAUGAAAUGGUGCAGCGCUCAUUGGAUUUCCGGGAGUCUCGUGAAGCAGAACCUCACCCCCUGUGGGAGUACCCCUGUCGAGCCCUGUCCAAGCCAUGCCCCGUGAUGUCUUUUGACUUCCAACAGUGUGUCCCUGAGCAGCCAAUCAGCAGUCAGGGAUCAGUGCCUCUUACUGGGAGAGGGCGCUGUCAUGGCGUGGCUUUGUGGAUGGAGUACAACCUGACUGAUGACAUCAUAGUCAGCAUGGGCCUGACUGAACCAGUCAACGAAGAGGAAGUGUGUGUGUGGAGUCCACACCGUAAACAGGGGGUGUAUUUCUUACCGGAUCCAUGGGAAAGCUCAGGAGAUGGACGGGCAAGCAUGUCCUACACCUUAACCUUCGACCCCAAGAUUGGAGACAUCAAAACAGACUUCUCGGUCACUCUGCCUUGACCGAGUCAAACGUACCGAUUCACUCUGCAGGAAAUGCUAAAGAAAAGAAAUGUAAAGAAAUUCUUCCACCAGAUGUUGUGUAAUGUUGACUAUCACAAAUCUCUUUUAGUCUCAGAGUUUACUGGUUUUAUCCAAAGAAUGUUUCUAUCAUUUUUUUUAGUCAGUCAGUCAACAAAGUCAUGUAUGUUUCUUCUCUGAUGAUAUUGUAACUGAUAAUAAUGUUACUUUAUUUCCUUCUGAAAAAAAAAUGAUGUGAACUGUAUUCAGAGGUUUUGAUUUGAUUAUCAGAUGGAAUGAGGACCACUAAAAUAAAAAAAAAAAAAAGAAUUAACCAAACAUCACAA